UUCGGCAAUGUCUUCUUCACACUCGCAACAAUUCGCGCUCGCUCUAUCUCUCUCUCUCGGAAAAACUCUCCUUCCAAACACGUCCUUUCUAUAUAGGAAGAGCGAACGACUCGCUCAAUCGGCGAUCCAACAAUGGCGGUUCGUUCGCCAAUCUCUUCUUCACACUCGAAACAAUUCGCUCUCUCGCGCUCUAUCUCUCUCCCCCUCCUUUCAAACUCAACCUUCCUAUAUAGGAAGAGCGAGCGAAUCGCUCAAUCGGAGAUCCAACAAUGGAGAAUUUGAUAUCCUUGGUGAACAAGAUACAGAGGGCGUGUACGGCACUCGGCGAUCACGGGGAAGAGAGCGCUUUGCCCACCCUCUGGGAUUCCUUGCCCGCCAUUGCCGUCGUCGGAGGCCAGAGCUCUGGAAAAUCCUCGGUGCUGGAGAGCAUUGUUGGAAAGGAUUUUUUACCUCGUGGGGCAGGGAUUGUUACACGCCGUCCUCUUGUCUUGCAGCUUCAUAGGAUUGAUGAAGGUAGAGAAUACGCGGAAUUCAUGCAUCUACCCAAAAAGAAGUUUACUGAUUUCGCUGCUGUAAGGAAGGAGAUAUCUGAUGAGACUGAUCGAGAGACGGGCCGCUCCAAGCAAAUCUCAACUGUUCCGAUUCAUCUCAGCAUUUUUUCCCCCAAUGUGGUAAACUUGACACUGGUUGAUCUUCCUGGGCUUACAAAAGUGGCCGUUGAGGGCCAACAUGAAAGCAUUGUCCAAGACAUUGAAAAUAUGGUUCGGUCAUACAUUGAAAAGCCUAACUGUAUUAUUCUGGCAAUUUCCCCUGCGAAUCAAGAUCUUGCUACUUCUGAUGCGAUUAAGAUAUCUCGUGAAGUUGAUCCUAAAGGGGAAAGGACAUUUGGAGUUUUGACAAAGAUUGAUCUUAUGGACCAGGGUACUAAUGCAGUUGAUAUUCUGGAGGGGAAGUCAUAUAAACUACAGUAUCCUUGGAUUGGCGUUGUAAAUCGGUCUCAAGCAGAUAUUAACAAAAGUGUUGAUAUGAUCGCUGCUCGGCGUAGGGAGCGGGAGUAUUUUGCUAAUAGCCCAGAGUAUAAGCAUCUUGCUCAGAGGAUGGGCUCUGAGCAUUUGGGAAAGAUGAUGUCUAAGCACUUGGAACGUGUCAUCAAGUCACGAAUCCCAGGCCUUCAGUCUCUCAUUGCCAAAACCAUCACUGAACUGGAGACAGAAUUAAGCCGUCUUGGGAAGCCUAUUGCCACUGAUGCUGGGGGGAAGUUGUACAUGAUAAUGGAAAUUUGUCGUUCAUUUGAUCAAAUAUUCAAAGAACAUCUUGAUGGCGCACGUUCUGGUGGUGAUAAAAUCUAUGGUGUGUUUGACAAUCAAUUUCCUGCUGCUCUAAAGAGGUUGCAAUUUGACAAACAUCUUUCAAUGGAUAAUGUGCGAAAGCUAAUCACUGAAGCUGAUGGAUAUCAACCACAUCUAAUAGCUCCUGAACAAGGGUAUCGCCGUCUUAUUGAAUCUUGUUUGGUCAGUAUAAGAGGUCCUGCUGAGGCAGCUGUUGAUGCGGUUCAUGCUAUACUAAAGGAGCUAGUUCAGAGGGCUAUUGGUGCAACCAUGGAACUCAAACAAUAUCCCACUCUGCGAGUGGAAGUUAGCACUGCAGCCAUUGAAUCACUGGAGAGGAUGAAAGAAGAAAGCAAGAAAGCAACUUUACUUCUAGUUGAUAUGGAAUGCGGUUACCUGACAGUAGAGUUUUUCAGAAAGCUUCCUCAAGAUAUAGAGAAGGGUGGAAAUCCUACGCAUUCCAUUUUUGAUAGAUAUAAUGAUUCAUACCUUCGUCGAGUUGGAAGUACCGUUUUGUCAUAUGUCAACAUGAUUUCUUCAUGUUUGAGAAACUCCAUUCCAAAGUCCAUUGUCUACUGUCAAGUGCGGGAGGCCAAACGCAGCUUACUUGACUUUUAUUUCACAGAGUUGGGCAAGAAAGAGUCAAAGCAGUUGGCUACAUUGUUAGAUGAAGAUCCAGCAGUCAUGCAGCGCCGUACAUCCAUUGGAAAGAGACUGGAGUUGUACAGGCAGGCUCAAGCAGAGAUAGACGCAGUUGCCUGGUCUAAGUAGGUAGAAAAGCCUGACAUAAUAGCUAUGUUCUUCUAAGGUUAGUUAAUAUUCUUUGGUUCGUUAAUAUUCUUUAUACAUUGAGACGAUGGAAGGCCAGUUAGCUUUUUACCGCUGCUGAUGAUUGGUUUAAUCAUCGGGUGUAUUUUGGUAAUGAUUGAUUCUUGUACGCACAGCUUUGGUAAUAUUGGUUUCCAAUUCCCUCUUAGAUGUCCGUUUUUGGAAGGGAAAGGAAGUCUUCAAGCGGA